AAAACUUAUUCAAGAUAUUGAAGAUGGAACUUCAUUUAUUCAUAAGCACCCAAGAAAUAUGGGAAAACAUUUAUCAAACUCACUUAUUCGUGAGUUAAUUGUAAAAUUGGGUGUAAUGUAUAAUUUAGCUUCUAAAUAUACAAGUUUUCUUGUAAUUGAUGAAAGAGAUAAUGAGUUAGUAGCUGAAGCUAAAACUUUACCAGCCCAAAGAAUAGUCCCAGUUGCUGCUGUUGCUUAUUCAGCUUAUUCUUAUGUUUCCUCACCUUCUCCUAAAGCAUUAUAUCGAAAUUUUUCAUCUAUUAAGUCUUUAUCUGGUAUGUCCGCGACUCGUAAAACAAGUAAUUCUAUAAAAAUACCUCAAUUUCCAGGAGGUAGGGAAUCAUUAGAAGAAGCAAACAUUUCAAGUUCUAUGGAUUUGUCAGAUAUUUCGUUACACGAAAUGGCUUCGUCGUUUGAUGCAUCCGAUCCUUUAUUCUCUAUGUCUUCAAAUGAUUCUUUUAAAUCAGUUUUACCAACUAUUUCU